ACUCUCAAACUCCAGAAAGUAUCAUCCUUUUUUUGGGACGAAGGGAGUAUAUGUUUUCUGUACUAAUUGAAUUUCCUUAAACCUUGUGGGUAAAAUGUUCCUCUUACCCAAUGUUGUAAUAUAAUAUUGUGAAAUGGAAGCCAAUAGCCUGAAAUCAUUCCUCAAGGUGAUUUUGUCUUCAAAAUGUCUAGAUUCCAGAAUAUGCUGGAUCUGGAUAGGCAGGAGGAAUUCUAAGCAGCUUAUACUAGGCAGUUGCUUAAAUGCCAAUAUUUUAGGAAUUUUUCAAAGCACACCGCUCUUGUGCAAUGCUCAACAGAGAGCACUUUGACACUUUAAAUUAUUCUAGUUUUGCUGGCCUUUUGCAAUUUGCAGAGCCUUCCCCUUUACAUACAACUACGAUUGUGGAGAAGUGCACUCUUAAACUUGUCGAUGAGUUUAACCACAUGCUCUGCCAAGCCACCGAGCCCUUGUCAUCCUUUCUGGAGUACAUCAGAUAUGGUCACAUGAUUGAUAAUGUUGUCUUAAUUGUCACCGGAACUUUGCAUGAGAGAGAUGUCCAAGAAUUGUUGGAGAAAUGCCAUCCUUUGGGCAUGUUUGACAGCAUUGCUUCUCUGGCAGUUGCCCAGAAUAUGAGGGAGCUAUACAGGCUGGUGCUUGUUGACACACCCUUGGCCCCAUACUUCUCUGAGUGCAUUACUUCCGAGGGCCCUAGUAUUUUGUCACUGAUUGCUUGCAGUUUUGAGGAUGAUAGUUAUCUUAUCCGUUUUUGUGCAUUCCAAGUAGAAUUGGACUUGGAUGACAUGAACAUUGAGAUUAUGAGAAACACAUUAUACAAGGCGUACCUUGAAGAUUUCUAUAGAUUUUGCCAGAAACUAGGUGGUGCUACUGCAGAGAUCAUGUCUGAUUUGCUUGCUUUUGAGGCCGAUAGAAGAGCAGUUAAUAUUACCAUAAACAGCAUCGGCACUGAGCUAACACGUGAUGACCGCAGGAAGUUGUACUCUAAUUUUGGCUUACUUUAUCCAUACGGUCAUGAGGAACUUGCCAUAUGCGAAGACAUAGAUCAGGUCCGUGGUGUUAUGGAAAAGUACCCUCCUUACCAAUCCAUCUUUGCUAAGUUGGCAUAUGGGGAGAGCCAGAUGCUCGACAAAGCUUUCUAUGAAGAGGAAGUCAAACGCCUCUGCUUAGCUUUUGAACAACAGUUCCACUAUGGUGUAUUUUUUGCAUAUGUAAGGCUGAGAGAGCAGGAGAUCAGGAACUUAAUGUGGAUUUCUGAAUGCGUCUCUCAAAACCAAAAAUCCAGAGUCCAUGACAGUGUUGUUUUAAUAUUUUGGUAAUUUAGCCAUAUUUGAGAUGACGUGUUCUCCAUGCUCAUCUGUGAAUUUGAUUUGCACGACCAUUUGUUGAUAACUAUGAGUUUUUGGUUAAGAAGGCCUGAACCCAGUCGUAGGAUGGGUGUUACAGUAAUUGUGAGGCCAUUCUCCGUGGAACUUGUCAUAUCUCCUAUGCCCUUCCAAAGCCGUAGGAUGGGGGUACAGUUUCACAUGAAUAUUACCCGUUCAUUUGCAACUUAAUAAGUCAUUGUUUGUUGGUUAAAUUUGUCAUCUGGAACAAUACUUGGAUUGAUGUGUAUCAAUGUAUCACUAUUUAUUGAGUUUUGCUGCUGUCAGUUACUUGAAUUACUGGAAUUUAAUUAAAUGGGUAUUUCCUUUGGUAAA